GCAUUUGCCAGUUCGGUAUCUUAAGAGCCAAAAUCAUACUGAUAAUUAUUUCGCCAAGCUGAACGAUUGUUACAUUUACACAGAGAGCGUUCAUAACUCAAACAUAAGUGCAACAACAUGGCUGAAGAUAGUUUUAACGCAGACGAGCUGAAUCCGCCGGAAUGGCUGAAUGUGCAGUUUAUAGAGGACGUCUUGAGAGUCCACGAAAAGGCAUCGGACCUACAAGUUACCAAUCUGAGCUUCACACCGGCCAGUGCUAAGGGAGAUCACUAUGCCAGCAUUAUGUUCCGUGCCAAGGUGGACUACAAAACCGAAAAGGGAUCCUUCUUCAAGUCGCUGAUCAUAAAAACAAUGCCCGUGGAGGAAGGCAUCAAGAAGGAUAUGUUUGCCGAUUCCCCUCUGUUUAAAACUGAGAUUGGGAUGUACAGCAAAGUGCUGCCUGAGUGCGAGAGGAUUCUCCGGGAAGUAAAUGAUACAUCCAAGCUGUAUGUGGACUGCAUCUACCACAGUCUGGAGCCGCGGCAGGUUAUAAUAUUUGAGGAUCUCGUCGAGAUGGGAUAUGCAGUGGUGCGAAAUCGCUUCCUCACUCAGGAGGAAAUUUGCAGCGCCUACUCGAAGUUGGCUAAAAUCCAUGCAAUCAGCAUGAAAUUCAUUUACGAGCAACCCGAGUUCUUAGAGGAGUUCAAAUACGGAAUGUGUGAAAUGCCUGGGCUGAUGGACAGCCCCAUCAUAAACGCAGGGAUGGCUCCCUUUAUUGAUUUAUUGGGUCGCACUCCAGAACUGAGAAAGUACCAGCCGUAUUUUGAAAAGAUAGCCCUACACUUUAAGGACCGAGUGAAGGAUGUCAUGAAAGAUUAUCGCACGAAUCCCGUGCCAGGAUACAAUGUUCUCUGCCAUGGGGAUUACCACUGCCGGAAUAUGAUGUUCAAACACAAUAGGGAAACCGGAGACUUCGAGGACUGCAUGCUGCUGGAUUACCAGGGCUGCAAUGUAGUUCCCAUGGCCGUUGAUCUGAUGUACUCCAUUUAUAUGCUGAUGGGGACGGAGCAGAGGUGCGGACAACUGGAGACUCUGUUGAACUACUACUUCUCCGUCCUGCUGGAAACUCUCAAAAAGAUCAACUACCAGGGUACAAUGCCCACUCCUCAGGGGUUCUGGGCGGAAAUGAAGCGCCACAGAUAUUAUGAGUUCCUAUUGCUGAGCACAUUCUUGCCGGUGUCGAUUGGCCUUAGAAAUCAUGCCAUGGAUUUGGCUGAUUUGCUGCACAACGAAGAGACUCGUAAGAAAUGCUAUCAAGUAAAGGAUGUGGUUGAAGAAACCAAAGUUAUGCUGGCCAGAUUUGAAAAGGCUGGGUAUUUUGAGGAUUUGUGAAUGGAAUAUCUAAAAAUUAAAAAAGAAUAAAUGUAAUUUUUUCACGCCUUA